UUCUCGAUGAAAAUUGGUCGGCUUUUGAAGAGCAGGCAGUGUUUAUCACGAAAAAUGGUAUUGCUUUUGAUGCUGAGCUGGCAGCGGAACUUGUUUAUGUAGUGCAGCCACAGCUAGUGAAGCAGUGCCCAGGCCUCGGCGAGACAUUCUGCGCAUUCCUGGAGGACGUUACAGCAAAUCUAUUUUUCUAAUUUCCUAUAAUUAGAUAGUGACACAGGUGUCGCAAUUACUUCACUGGUUAUCACAUAGGGAGAGGCCCUGGUCAACUGCCAGACUUUCACUGAGCAUUCUCACCUGCCGCGACUGGUCAUCAAUAUGUCCACCCAGAGGUGCCCUCACUGUGGACGAGAGUUCAAGGAGCUGCGCCUGCAUCUCCUUCGCAACCCCUAUGGCUGCAAGGGUGUUAUCGAGUCAACGCUGCCUGGCUGCUGCAUUGCCGGUGGAGACGUCGCCAACAAUGAUAAAUUAUUCACAGACAAUGAGCCAGUACUGGUGGUGAAUGUGGAAUGCAGGCAGAGUGUUCCUCUUGACGAGCCAUCAAUUGGCACGUUCGAGAUGGGCGUCUCAUACCUUGACCACCUAGACAAGUAUGCAGAGGCAAAUAGUGAAAAGCCACCUGAGAAAAGUUUGUCUUCAGAGGUGGAGACCUUCCUCGCGGCGAACCUCUCGGGCGCUGCCGUUCUAGAAACAGUCAUGAUGAAUGCCUUAGAGAAGGUCUCGGAGAAGCGCCGCCGGGACGACCGGGCCACUUUGGAGCAGGCAGACGAGCUGCGCGCGGAUUUCAUGGCUAACGAGCAGAAGGUACCGAGAGAUGUAAUCGGUCACCGCCUGCAAGCCUUCGCAGGCUUUCAUCUCGGCCUUCAGCUCAUCCGCAGCUACCUUGAUGCCGGCUGCUACGAGAAGGCCGCUGAGUGGACAGACCGGCUUCAGCUCCGUGCUGAGAUCGGCAUGGAGGUAACGCACCAGCUAGCCUCAGAGCCCCGCAUAGGCCUUACAGCCGCGGAUCAUUGUUUUAAUAACAUCAUCGGCACACGGAUUCCGAAAGGCGAGAAAGCGGAGGCCCUAGUGCGUAAACAGAAGGACUGGGCUCUGCGGACGGCAAGCACCUCCACGCCUGGCAGCCAUGGCGGCAGCCAUUCUCGCGGCGCCGGAGGCUCCGGCGGCGGAGGCAGCGGUGGCGGAUCGCGCGGCAGUAAUCAACGGGGUGGCGGCCAGCGCGGAGGUCACGAGUACGGCAGAGGUCGAGAUGCAGAGCGCUUUGAUCGCAGCGAUCGCAAUGGCAAUAGCCGCAAGGAAGGCCGUAGCGGCAAUUCUUUGGCGCCCGCAUGUGCAGUCAUUGGCGCCCGCGAGCGCAGUUGGGUAGAGGCCCUCUCGAGUUCGGGCCUUGCGGAAAACGUCCAGCUGUCUGUCAGUCGCAACGUCAGCCAAUUCAAAGGGCAGCGUCUCUUAGGUCAGCCGCGCGGCCCACCUACCGCAUCCCCCGAAGACUUGCCAGCCCCCAAACGGCCCGCACCGGGCCCCGUUCCUGCCCGUCGGCCAAACCUGGACUCCGCACCAGUUCCGGCAAGUCUCGCCACGCAUCGGAAACAACCAGCCCGCCCCGCGGUGGCGCCAGAAGGUGUGAAGGUUGAGACCCCGGGUGAAUUCUGGGAAAAUAAAGGGGAGUUUUCUAGUUCUACUUUCGACAGCGCCUUGGGACCUCGGUCUUCCCCAGCAGCGGGUCCAUCUCUCGUGCCGCCCCAGAUGAGGGGACGCCUCUCAAGCAAGAAAGGCGCUUGGAAGGCUUGGGUUGUGAACGCGCUGGUCAUCUCGUGGAUUACGUCGGGUUUCCCUCUUCGUUGGGUCUCCAGCCCUCCCCCCCAGCACUCUGGCCGCAAUCACGCUUCGGCAACCGCCAACACCGCGUUCGUGGACAAAGCCGUAGCAGAUCUAGUGGCGUCGGGCACGGCCUGUGUUUGGCCGUCGCAGCCCCACUUAGAUGCCCGAGCUGAGGCUCUUUUGGUCGCUCUAGGCGCGGAGGCGGACGCAGAGCUCUCCACCUUGGCGACUCAGUUUGCCCAAGUGGCCGGUCAAACACUCGCCCCGCGGACGUCCAAUGAUUACGCGCGGUUUUGGGAACCUUUCCGCGAGUGGUGGGUGGCCAGGCGAUUGCCCGGAAGCAUCUAUGACACCCCGGGUGAGGUGGUGGCGCUCUAUCUGCUCUCCCUGCUGAACUCGUCCAAGGAAGAUAAGGUGGGGCCAGGACGGGUUCGUACAGCGAGUGCAGCAAUCAGCUCCUAUUUCCGCCUAGCCGGCAGAGCGCCCCCUACAGAGCACCCUGCCUGCAGCAUCGUCCGCGACCUUGCCGAAAAGCAACUCCAAGGCCGCAAACUGGAACGCGACGCCCUGGAGCCGGCGGACGUCACGGCGCUGGCCCGGCUGGUUAGUGGGCCGGAGCCGCCCCUUGACCAGCUGAUGACCGUUACAGCCGUCGUGGUCAUGUUCGCGGGGUUCUUUCGGUUCGACGACGCUGCGGAGAUCAGCGUUCACGAGGACCUUCUGGUUAUCACGGCAACUGGCAUGGAUGUUUUCAUCCCUCGUUCCAAGACCGAUCAGCAGAGACGGGGUCACUGGGUCCCCAUCGCCCGUGUUGGCGGUGCCGCCUGCCCCGUGGGCCUGACGGAGCGCCUUCUCACCCUGGGAGGGUACAAACGCCGCCCAGACACGCCGGACGAGGACGUCGGGCCCCUUUUGCGACCGGUCCAGUGGAACAGGGCCGGGGGGUACUUGUCAGGCCCCCUGACAGGCACGGUGGCCCAGCCAAUCCACUCCCUGUCGUACCCGGCCUUCUGCCACCGGCUCAACAAGACUCUGCAGGCAGCGGGGAUCACCCGCCGCAUCACUGCGCAUUCCAUGCGCAUAGGAGGAAACAGCACUGCCGCCGACCGCGGUGUGCCUGCGGACCUGCGCAAAGCGCACGGCCGAUGGCGCAGCGACGCCAUGGUACAGCACUACACGCGGCGCGACGGGGAGGCGAAACUCUCCGUCUCCCGCAGCCUGGGCCUCGCCAAUGCAGCACUGUUUGGCUCGGCCUGGCGUCGGCGGUCUCCUGAGAGGCGCCCCUCCCCCCCUUAG